GUUGUGGGCGGUGUCUCCAGCGUUGAUAUCAGCGCCACUAGACAUGGUAUUGCAGGGCUCAAGAAUCUUGUGUUUUCGUCUGAUCACGGUGGUGGGUGACGGUUGCGGGGCCUGUGGUUUUUUUACUGAGCCGGGAAUGCCUCAGCGAAGUAUGCGGCCGAAGGUUUGCGGCCAAUCGUGUUAUCAAUGUCGACCACUCUAUCGAUACGGACCAGCGUCGCCACCAACAACGAAGUUGACCUUCGACAAUUGGGUAAAAACCGAAGCCGCGUACAACCGUGCAUUGUGCUUCUACACCUACCUAUACUCCAUCUGUUUAUGUUUUCGCGACGGCCAGAACUGACGAUUCGCUUGGAGUGGCUCUGUCGAUAGCGCCAAGGUCCUGCGUGUCUCACAUCAGCCAUCACUUUGUACUUUGAACCGUUCGCCGCUCGAAGGAGAACG